AUGAUAGUGUCUAACGUUAGUCUGAGCUGCGGCGUGAGCUGCCCAUGGGGAGUCAGUGACGGUAAGACGGUGGUUACGCAGGGAGGAGGCUCAGGUUCRCUGAGUCCUACGGGACAUCUCGUGGUGGCAGUGUGUCUGGGGUUCAUAGGUACAUUCGGUUUCCUCAACAACCUCCUGGUGUUAACGUUAUUCUGCCGGUACCAUACGCUGCGCUCGCCCAUCAACGUCCUGCUGUUGAGUGUGUGUGUUUCGGACCUGCUGGUCUGCGUGCUCGGAACACCGUUCAGCUUCGCCGCUGCCACGCAGGGCAGGUGGCUGAUCGGUAGGGCCGGAUGCGUCUGGUAUGGCUUCAUCAACUCCUGUUUGGGUAUCGUGUCUCUGAUCUCCCUGCAUCUGUCCUAUGAGCGAACCACCUGUUCAGUGGACUGGAGGACCCAGACACCCAACAACAUCUCCUACAUCGUCUGUCUGUUCACCUUCUGUCUGUUACUGCCUUUCUCUGUCAUAAUGUACAGCUACGGCAAGCUGCUCAGCGCUAUCAAACAGGUGAGCAAUGUGAGCACGGUGGUAACCCGUCGUCGUGAGCAACGCGUGCUGGUGAUGGUGGUAACCAUGGUCGCGUGUUACCUGUUGUGUUGGCUGCCGUACGGUGUUGCGGCCCUGCUGUCGACUUUUGGCCCUCGCAACCUUUUGACCCCUGAGGUCACCAUAGUCCCCUCGCUGCUGGCCAAGACAUCUACAGUCAUCAACCCUGUUAUAUACAUCUAUAUGAACAGACAGUCUUCAGUUCCUCCCAGCCGUAUCCAUGGUGACAGUUAG